AUGGUUGAAAGUGAAGAAGGGGCUUCGUUGUCGGAACAGCUUUUGGAAUCUUCCAGAAGAAAUAAUACUGAAUUAUUACUUUCUAUUAAAUCAGCCCUUGGAAACGACCAGGUGAAGCUUUCUGAAUUGAUCAAUCUGACCCAUGAAGUGAUCACCAAUAACUCACCUUUACACAUAGCCUGUCAUUCGGGCCAUUGGGAGUUCAUUGACAUCAUUUUGGACAUUGAGGGGGUUGAAAUUGAUCCGGCUAACCGCGAAGGUGAUACUCCAUUGCAUGUUGCAGUGAGGUAUUCUGCUGACGAGCCAGAACAUGGAACUUUUGUAGUUGAUGGUAUGUUAGAUGCUGGGUCGGAUCCACGGAUAAAGAACAAGCACGGCUUGAAACCUAUCGAUUACGUGAAUAAGGAUAAUGAUAAGUUACGUGAUUUAUUGGAAAGUGCCGAAUAUGCCAUUUCUAUGGAAAUUCCACCAGAACAACAAUUACAAAAUGGAGACGAUGAAGAUGAUGAAGGAUCUGCUUCAGACUCUGAUUGA